AUGGAUGUGGAUGAGAGCGAUAUGCGCGGCAAGGCGAUUCGGGUCAACCUGACACCGCAGCCUGGUAACCACGGCUCGGUGCGUCAGCAUACAGCUGGGUCUGGGGUUGCUUCCGAAGAGUCUACGACACCAGUACAUGAAGAGAGCGAGGCGUAUAGCGAUGAUGACUUGCACGAGGAGUCUGUGGCGUCAGCCUCGGACGCUGGUCCGGAGGUGGUGGCUCCGAGUGAAGACUCUGCGAGCGGCGAAGAGUCUGAGGGCACAGCCUCUGAAGCGGACGAAGUGAACGAGGUGCGGCUGGCUUCCGCGAAAGAAGCGGAGGCCGUUCCAAUUGACGUAGUGUCAGCAGCCCUGGCAGUGCAAGUUACACAAGUGGAGGAUGUGAAGGAGGAUGCGGCUUCUGAAGUCGAAGCGCCAGAGGACGGAGUAGAAGAGAGUAACGACGUUCUGGUCGACUCCGCGUCCGAAGAUGAGGCAUCCGAUGCAAAGGUAGCAGAUGCCCAGGUUACGUCUAAAGGCGUUCCAGCGGUUUCUGCAUUGGAGGCCUCCGGGCCAUCGGAGCCAUCCGAGCCAGUUGGCAAUGAUGUAUCCUCCCCACACGAAGUCACAGAAGCUGUGCCAGGGAAUCUUUCCGAGUCAGCGCCCUCAGAGCCUUCCGAGCCAGGGGAGCCCUUAGAGGAGGUCCCUAAGACCGAGCGCACCCCACCAGGUGGGCACGACUCGCCGGAGUCUGCGGAGUCUGCCGGGUCUGCCGGGUCUGCCGAGUCUGCCGGGUCUGGGUCUGCGGCGGAUGCCGGCGAAGCCAGCGAUGGCUCCAGCACCGAGGGCCGCGAGGGCGAGGGCCCCAAGUUAGAAGCCUCGGAGGAGGAGGUCUACAGCUCGGACGAGGAGGCCACCCGGAACUCUCCAGAUCCGGAUGAGGAGGGCUACACCUCGGACGCCUCCCACACGGGGUCCGAGCCGGAGCAGACGGCCCAACUGGAGCUGGAGCUGACCCACAAGGAGGCGGAGCAGGAGAAACUCGCGGACCAGGUGAGCGAGAUGCAAAAGGAGAUGGAGGCUUUGCGUCAAAUGCUGGAGCAGAACCAGCGGGAGCUCGCAGCCUCUAGCCAGGAGCUGGAGCGGGCACGGAAGGAGCUGGACGAUUUGCGGCGCCUGCAGCAGAACACGGCCUCAGCCUCCAAGGCGGAGCGGGAGGCCUACCGCCAGGUGGAAAAGCUGAUGAAAGAGAAGAAGACCCUCAAUGAGCAACUGGCCAAGAUGCAAGAGCAGAUGCAGAAGAUGGAGUCGCUGAAGGAUCGCCUGGAGAAGCGGCUCUCAGCGGCAGAGAAGGAGCGGGACUAUGUGCGGCAGCGUUUGGAGGCGGUGAAGGCAGCCGAUAGGAUUGAAGAGGCCAACGCAGCAAGGAGGAGAACUGGCGGCGAGUUCCGAGAGGCGGACCGAUACGCGCCACCACCUCCGCGGCGACCGGCGAGGCGUGCCCCGCAGCCAAAGGACCGGGCGGGCGGCCAGCAGCCACGGGAGGUCUGGUGCUUUCGGCCCCGCAACCCCGCGGCUUUGGCCAUUAGAGUGCGCCCAAGCUUGAGCGCGCCCAAGAGCGGAGCAAAGAUCUUGCCCGGCGACGCGUUCACAGUGUCAGAGCAACAACAGGGCUCGAGAGACAUGCUGUUCUUGAAGCUGGCAGAUGGUCGGGGAUGGGCCUUUAAUCGAAGUCCGGAUGCCGGCACGAUUUGUGUCCCGCAGCUGGCCUGCAAGAGCGGCGGUGUUUUUGGCCGCAAGCUAAUUCAGUAG